GACACGAGUUAGAGUGACUUAAAAAAGAAAUGAGCAUUUCCAAAAUGACUGUUUCUCGUAGUCAAAAUUCAGCCACCAGACAGUGUGUUGGGUUUGGGCAGCGUGUGAGUCGGUGCCGCCGCAUUCCAGCAGCCGUACCUUGGCCGGGGCGGGGGCGGAGGUGGGUUGUUGGGGAGGUUUGUCAGUCGGCGGCGAUGGAUGGGUGCGGAGGAGACGGCGGAGGCACCGUCGGGACAAUUGAGACUCGAACUUUCCCGGCAGUUCAGACGGCGGCUUUGGCGACGGAGAGUCUGAGAAGAGGAGUGGCGAAGUUGAAAUUGGAGGCACCGGCACUAACUUCAGGGAUUAUUCGACUCCAAGUGCCAAUCCAACAACGCAUUCAAGCAAUUGAUUGGCUCUCUUCUCAGCCCCACCUUCUUCCUCGGACCUUCUUCUCCGGCAGAAGCAGAAGCAGAGCCAUUGAUUCUGCCCACAACACUUCCAAUGGCAGCCAUCCCUUCAACCACCACCACCUGCUCGGCGCCGCCGGUGUGGGCUCUGCCGUCGUCUUCCACCGCCUUCAUUGCUUUUCGUAUAAUGAUUGGGCGUCUAUAAAGAGGUUCCUGUCAAAAAAAUGCCCCCUGAUUCGUGCUUAUGGAGUUAUUCGCUUUGAUUCACGGGCCAACAUAUCGCCUGAGUGGGAGCCCUUUGGAUCGUUUUACUUCAUGGUCCCUCAGGUUGAAUUUGAUGAGUUUGAAGAAAACUCAAUGCUUGCCGCUACUGUUGCUUGGGAUCAUGCCUGUUCUUGGACUUGGGAAAAUGCUGUCGAAUCCCUUCAAUCGACAAUGGAACAGGUUUCUUCCAAUAAUGUAAAUCUACAAAAAGAUCUUCCACUGAUACCCAUACAUAGCUACACUCACGUUCCUAGCAAAACAUUCUGGGAUCGUGCAGUUGACAGGGCGUUGCAAGAGAUCGACAGAAGCAACUCAGAACUCACCAAGGUUGUACUUGCACGUAGUACCCGAAUAGUGACGAGUGUCGAUAUCGAUCCUGUUACAUGGGUAGCAUGUUUACAGAAAGAGGGAAAAAACUCUUAUCAGUUUUGUGUUCAGCCAUCUAAUGCUCCUGCCUUCAUAGGAAAUACGCCUGAGAGACUGUUCCAUAGAGAAGGACUUGGCAUUAAAAGUGAUGCCUUAGCUGCAACCCGUGCAAGAGGCAGAUCACCUAUUGAAGAUAUUAAAAUAGAACAUGAUUUAUUUUCAAACCCAAAGGAUGACCUUGAGUUUUCUAUUGUGAGGGAAACCAUAAAAAAGAAGUUAGAGGCUGUAUGUGAUGCGGUAGUCGUUGAACCACAUAAAUCAGUGAGAAAACUUCCCAGAAUUCAACAUCUGUACGCCCAAUUGACUGGCAGAUUGAGAAGCGAAGAGGAUGAGUUCGAAAUUUUAUCUACGCUUCAUCCAACUCCCGCAGUCUGUGGAUUGCCAACAAAUGAGGCUCGCGAUUUAAUUGCAGAAACUGAGGUAUUUGAUAGAGGGAUGUACGCAGGGCCUGUUGGUUGGUUUGGAGGAGGAGAGAGUGAGUUUGCAGUAGGCAUCAGAUCAGCAUUAGUGAAGAGAGGUCUUGGUGCCUUGAUCUAUGCGGGAACAGGGAUAGUGAAAGGAAGCAAUCCGUCUUCUGAGUGGGAUGAAUUGGAGCUCAAGAUAUCUCAGAUCACUAGGUCGCUUAAACUAGAAGUGGCUCAAGCACCCAAUUGAUUGGUGAAAAGAUCGUCUGCGAAAGUAAGGUUUAGGAAGCCAUAAGUGACAGGGACCACAAAUAAUAGAGGUGUAAGUUUGGAUAGCCUCUACUUAUAAGCUCUAUUCAGGUCCCUUCUGCAGUGGCUCGAGCCAGCAAAUGGUUUGUUCAUUCUUCGUUUUGUUUUGGCUAUUUUGAUCACCAGGCCACAUUCGUAAUGUAUAUUGUCCAGUUGCUGCUUCUUUUCUCUCUCUCUCUCUCUCUCUCAUUUUUUAAAAAGUGUAACCGAAUAUUAUAGAUUCAGUAACUUGCAUGAAUAAUAUGAAAAUGAAUAAACUUUGCAACCUCUCAUCAUAUAAGACAGUGAUGGGGUUCCUAAGGAGAAAAAACACGGCCAAGCCAAUCAAUUAAACUGAAAA